AUGUUCGUGCCAGACUGUCACAGGACACGCAUCAGAUGACUAGACUCAGACUGCCUCUCUUUUAUGGAUAAUGGGGAGGGUUUGACCAGAGCCAGACUGCACAAGAUGCUCAGCUUUGGUUUCAGCGAGAAGAAAGCAGCGAAAUUUCACAUUCCAGUCGGUGUUUACAGCAAUGGGUUUAAAUCAGGGUCCAUGCGUCUGGGAAAAGAUGCCAAUGUUUUCACGAAGACCCGAGACACAAUGAGUGUGGGACUCCAGUCCCAGUCUUACCUCGAGGCCAUCGGAGCUCAGCGAGUCUUGGUGGCCAUGAUCACGUUUAGAUGUGAUGGACAUAACCGCCUUAACCAACGUGGAGGAUGGAGCCGGAUCUUCACACACUCUCUUUUCAGCUCAGAGAGAGAUCUGUUCCAGCCAGAGCCCCACGCCAUCAGCGCUGCUGGACAGACAGGAACACGCAUCAUCACCCGGAACCGUCGCACGACCACAAUUGGUGACACUGAAUUUGACUUUGACACAGAUAAAUAUGACAUUCUGAUCAGGAAUGUGACUCCAGAAAGUGAAUAUUCAUUACAGGCAUACUGUAGCAUCUUAUAUCUGAAGCCUCUCAUGCAAAUCAUUAUUCGAGGGUAAAGAGUGAAGAGCCAGCUGAUAUCCAAGAGUCUGGCUUAUAUUGUGCAGUACAACUACAUGCCGUCAUUCCUUGUGUCUUUUCAUCACAACACCAAAAGCAAAGAGCAUUAGGGGAUUAUGAUGUAUCAUAAGAACAGGCUGAUAAAGCCGUACGUGAAAGUGAGCUGCCAAUGUAAGGCUGAAAGAAAAGGUGUGGGAGUUAUUGGUGUUAUAGAGUGCAAUUUCCUUCAGCCCACGCACAACAAACAAGACUUUGAUGACACCGAUAAAUACAGGAAGAUCAUGCAUAACCUCAGCAUAAAGCUGGAGGAGUACUGGAACGAAAUCCGCUACAAACGAAAGAAAGAGGAACCAAAAGCUCAAGAGCGACCAGGAGCGUUAACAACCAGUCAGGCACCCAGACGUUCACCAGCCUCUGUUUUGUCUGGUAAUGUUGGUGAUGAAGAAGAAGAGGAGGAGGAGGAAGAGGAAUGGAACUUGAUGUUGACAGAGGUGCAACAGUGGCAGGAGGAGAUAAUGGAGCUGAUGCAUGAGACAGCGGAGGGGAGAGACGUGUGCCGACAGGACCCGGAGGUGCUUAGAGAGCACAGCGCCGCCCUGGUGGACGAAAGGAGCCAGCUCAUCAGCAGGACUCUAGAGGAGGAGAAGACCAGCCUUUCUGCCCUGUGUGAUCAGCUGAAGUGUCAACUGUCAGAGCUCCUGGGAACAGAGCAUGAGAGGCAAGGAAGAGAAAGACGACAGCUCCAGACUGAGGACACCGCGUCUAAGCCUGAGCCGUCUGCUGGGGUCUUUCAUUCCUUCUCUUCGUCUUGA